UGAGAUUAUAGAACGCUUCCACAGUUAGACCCUAUUCUCACGCUUCUUUCUUCUUCGUUUCCAAUUCCCAUCCAACAACACUGUCACAGACACACACACACACACACACCAUUAACAAAGAAAGUACUCCAUACACAAUCCAAUAAUCCCCUAAUAAGUUACACCGUCAUUUAAUUUCUUCAUGCAUCCAUUUUGUUUUUCUAAUUUAUUAAUAUCCAGCAUAGUAUAUGUGUUUGAUAUAGCAAAUUAAUUAAUAGAAGAAAGUGAUUGUGAUAUAUCUGAUCGGUGGGAUGCAAUGGCAGAGAGAAAUGCUUCUGCCAUCAAAGUUGUUUCAAGAAAAUCCUUAUGUUUCUUCUUCUCAACAACAACGUUAUUAUUCCUCAUGUCAUGGCUCUUUGUUCUCCGUUCCACUCGCUCCGAUUCCACACCCGACACCUUUUCACAGCUUCUCUCCACCUUCGACGAUUCAUAUUCCCAAUCACAAAACUCUGAAUCCUCCUUCAAUAACAGAGCCAUCCUUGUAAACACCCAAAACGUACAAUCCUCCUUCAACAACCAAACACAAACACCUGAUAACAUUGUAAAAUGCAUCACCGACACCACCACCUCACGUGAAAACAACAACACCAACGUUCUUUUGAAGAUUUUCAUGUAUGAUUUACCCUCCGAGUUUCAUUUCGGAUUAUUGGAUUGGAAAGGCGAUGAUAAUGGAAAACAAGUUUGGCCUGAUAUGAAAACAAAGAUACCACAUUACCCUGGUGGAUUGAAUCUACAACAUAGUAUUGAAUAUUGGCUUACAUUAGAUAUUCUAGCUUCAACACUACCAGAAUUUUACCCCAACAAUGGUAGAACAGUAACCAGAGUUCAAAACUCAAGCGAAGCUGAUGUUAUAUUUGUUCCUUUUUUCUCAUCUUUGAGUUAUAACAGAUACUCCAGAACAGGUCCACAUGAAAAGAGGAGUAAAAACAAGGUGUUACAAGAGAAGCUGGUCAGGUAUUUGAUGAAUCAAAAGGAAUGGAAAAGGUCAGGUGGUAGGGAUCAUUUGAUAAUGGCUCAUCAUCCUAAUAGUAUGUUGGAUGCUAGAAUGAAAUUGUCUCCUGCAACUUUUAUAUUGUCUGAUUUUGGGAGGUAUCCUCCUAAUAUAGCUAAUGUUGACAAAGAUGUCAUUGCACCUUAUAAGCAUGUUGUUGCUUCUUAUGUUGAUGAUCAAUCUACCUUUGAUACCAGAAAAACUUUGCUUUACUUUCAAGGAGCUAUUUACAGAAAAGAUGGAGGACAUGCUAGGCAAGAACUAUUUUAUCUUCUGAAAGAUGAAAAAGAUGUACACUUUUCAUUUGGGAGUGUUCAAAAAGGCGGUAUAAGAAAAGCAACAGAUGGAAUGCAUUCUUCCAAAUUUUGCCUCAACAUAGCUGGCGACACGCCAUCGUCGAACCGCUUGUUCGAUGCCAUAGCGAGUCACUGUGUUCCUGUAAUAAUCAGUGAUCAAAUUGAGCUUCCAUAUGAGGAUGUACUUGACUACUCAGAGUUCUGUGUGUUUGUUAGGACAAGGGAUGCUCUUAAAAAGAAGUUUCUGAUAAACUUCAUUAGGAGUAUUGGGAAAGAUGAGUGGACAAGAAUGUGGAAUAGAUUGAAAGAGGUUGAAAAUUUCUUUGAGUUUAAGUUCCCUUCUAAGGAAAAUGAUGCUGUUCAAAUGAUUUGGCAAGCUGUUUCACGUAAGGUUCCUUUCAUCAAAUUGAAAACAAACAGGUCUAGGAGAUUUUUUAGGUCCCUUUAUGGUAAUAAUAAUAAAGAUAUGGGGCAUAAAUCAAUACCUGCAGCAGAUGAUUUUUAGUGAUAUGGUACAUUAGGUGUUUUGUCUUUAGAAAUGCAAGAAGGUUUUUAUAUAUAAUAUAGUUGUGAUUUUGAUAGUGAAAGUGACACUGUAACGUUCAUACUUGAGGACUCAUGAUAUAUAGGAAAGAGAAUUUUGGAAAUAUGAUUCUACUAUUGGUUGAAAUUGGGGGUAUAAGUAUAAUAUACAAUGAAAAUUUAUUUUGUUCUUUAUUUGAACAAACAUGUUAGUUCGAUGGUCUAUAGUAGUUGGACAGUCUAUUCUUAUCUUAAAAUUUGUUUUUUGGUUAAUUUGAAGAAACCUUUUAUGCUUCAUUUUUUAGUUAUAUUUCCCUUAGGAUUCUUGAUGAAAGUAUGUAACACUGACACUGUCUAUUGUAGUUAUGUUUUUAUGUGUAUGUGUGUA